UUGAUUUUCAUUGGGAAUGAUUUUAGUUUCAGGUUCUGCAAUUCAUCUCUGCAACAUCUGUGAACAGCUCAAAUACAAGGUGUUGUACAAUUAUUACUCGUUGAAGCACAAUGGGAAGAGCAUUAUAUAUCUGCGUUGGAAUUGGAAUUUACUUCAUAUCGUGUAUUGAGACGAUACCUUGGAUGAAGAAGCAAUGCAUACAGACUGCAGAUAGUUCUGACUGCAGUGGUUUGGCCCUGCAGCUUGUACCAGACGAGAUCCCAGAUUCCAUCAAAACUCUCGAUUUCAGCUUCAACUACCUCCCAACGCUAUACAACUCAACUUUCCAAAGACUGAGGAGUCUGGUUUCACUGGAUUUAACAAGGUGCAGCAUUAAUUUCAUAUACGAGGACGUCUUUCAGUAUCAGUUCAACCUCAAGAGUCUCAUUUUGGUAGCAAACCCACUGAACUUCAUAUCAGACAGUGCUUUCUCAGGACUGCUGGCCCUAAAAUACCUCAGUCUAGCUGGGUCAAUGAUACGCAGUCUCAUGGAGAUCCCGACAGCCCAUCUUGAAUUCUUGGAGAUUCUGGAUCUUAGAGGAAGUGACAUUUACAGCUUAGAUGGUCUGGAGAAUUUCCCGUUGCACCAGAUGAAGAAGCUUCUUCUAGAUAUGAAUUUGAUUGAGAAGAUAAAAAUGGCUGACAUGGAGAAACUUCAGAGAACAAGCGGGCUGGAGAUCAGCUUUAAGGGAAAUGAUCUCGUUGAUGUCGAACCGAAUGCUUUUCAGAACUUAGCCAUGGGCAGCUUGGAUUUUAGUGGUUGCUUCAAAAAAAUGAACAUUUCCGUACUGCUGAAGGGGUUAGAGGGAGUGAAAACUAACAAGCUUUACUUAGGGGUAUAUGAGGACAGCCCUAAGACCUACAUCAAGCUGGCCGAGCUUCAGUCUUUCUGUAACAUAUCAGUGGUUGAUGUAGAUUUUCAGCUGCUACACUUUCGUGAUCUCACAAACACAAGCUUUAGAUGUUUCUCAGAAAUUCAGAAGUUAGAUUUAACCAGAGCACACCUUUCAGCAUUUCCACCCAGCUUGUCCAACCUGUCCAUGCUGUCUCACUUGGUACUAGAUGAGAAUUAUUUUCAUAACAUGUGUGACAUUAAAGCUGCAAGCUUCCCCAUGGUGACGUAUUUGUCCAUGAGUGGAAACGGAAAAUUUCUUAACUUCAAUGAAAACUGUUUAGAACCUCUGUCCUAUCUGGAGGAGCUACAUCUUAGCCAUAAUAGCAUGGGGACAGGACAUUUCUGCUGCAACAAACAACUGACUGGUCUCAGAGAACUAAAAUUCCUAAAUCUCAGCUAUAAUUUUGUCAUGAAUUGGGAGCCACUGCCAUUUAACACCACUCCAAACCUGAAGCAUCUUGACUGCACCCACACCAAAUACGUCCUCAACAGCAGCUCUCCAUUUAUCAAUCUAGAAAAUCUUCAAACUCUUAAUCUUUCAUUCACAAACUUAAAACUAUUGGACAAUGCUCACAUACUGAAAGGCCUGACAAAGCUACGAGUGCUAAACCUAAAAGGGAACACUAUACAGGGUGGCGUUCUUGCAAAAACAAAGAGCUUUGAUUAUGUUCCUCUUCUGGAGAUCCUGGUUCUCUCUUCAUGUGGCAUCACAGAAAUCCAUGAAAAUGUCUUUAAAAAUCUUGCUAAUCUCAAAAAUGUAGAUCUCAGCGAAAAUCAGCUAGUUAAACUCAGCCUCACUGAUUUCUACUCACUAAACCAGAUCCAACUCAACUUUGCCAGCAAUAAAAUUACAGUCGUGGAUGUUAAAAUUGUUGAAGACUUAGGGACAAGCAGUAGCAUUGAUCUGAGCUCCAACCCACUGGCCUGCAAUUGUACUAAUUAUCAGUUUAUUCUGUGGGUUAAAGAAAAUGUUAGCAAAAUGAAACACAUAGAAAAGACAUGUUGUGAUGCCACAAAUGAGAAGAUUAUAGACGUAGAUCUGCAGUGCAUCUUUUCAAACAGAACAUUGGGGAUUGUCCUCGGAAUUGCAAUAGUGAUCGUGAUUAUAAUAUCUCUGUUGUAUUGUGUGAAGAAAAUUCAGGCACGAUACAGACCCUACUCAAGACUGUAGAAAAAAUAUGGUAGUAAAUAUACAGUAUAUCAUGCCGUUAUCACACUGGUGAAAAAGUUAUUUGCAAAUUUAUGUUAUUAUACAAAAUAUAUGUAAACUGAUAAUCCCUACCAUGUAAUCAAGCUUGCUAGUACCUGGUUUUAAUUAAAUUAAAUGAUACUUAGACUUAAAUUAGCUAGCUUGCUAGUACCUUUUUUUAGUUAAAUGAUGCUUAGACUUAAAUUAGCUAGCUUGCUAGUACCUUUUUUUAGUUAAAUGAUGCUUAGACUUAAAUUAGCUAGCUUACUAGUACCUGAUUUUAGUUAAAUGUACUCACUUACAUUAGCUUGCUUGCUAGAUUUACAUUCGCUAGCUUGCUAGUACCUGUUUUUCUUGAAAUGAUACUUAGACUUACAUUAGCUAGCUUUUUAGCAAACUUGGCUAGCCACUAAAGUCAAAUAGUUAAUACUGGAGAGUUAAUAUUAGCUAUGCUAAAAUUUUUAGCUGACUAUCCAGUGCUGUGUUUAGCUAUCUGGCUAGGUAUUAGGCAUCUCUCAAAAAAUUUAAAUUAAUUAAUUAAUUAAUACUGAUGAGAUGGUGAAGUUAGCUUUUGCCAGUGUUUACCCUGGAAUAUAUUUUUAUAUUCUUUCCAAGAUUGUGCUACUAAUAAACACACACUAAACCAUCUUUUAUAUUACUGUAGCGAACAUACAGUAUCCCAAUAUUAUAUUAGUCCUUUCAAUAAACUGUUCUGAAAAGUUUGUUUGUAUAUAUUUUAAAGAAAAUCUAAAAAUUAAAAAUGAAACAUGCUGAUUGUAGAAUUAUUUAAACCCCAUACAUAAAUAUACAGUAGACAUUUUACUGUUACUUUGGUGUGUCCUGUCCUUGAUCACUAUUUUUCUUUAACAGCGCGUAAGUUAUUGUUUUAUUUUAUACAUUUGUUUUUAUUACUAUACAUUUGAACUAUGUAUAACUGGUUUGGGGUUCUGUGUGUGGAAUAAGAAACUCUAAUGGCUCCAAUAAAUAAAUAUGGUAGCACAGAUCUGCCUAAUACUUGGCUGAUUUUUAUUUUUGCCCCGCCAUCAAAUAUUUUAAAUAUUUUGAAAAAAAUGUUCCCAUUUUGAGUGAUUAGAAAUGAUAAAAUCAU